AUGUCGCAGUACUACGGAGGACCUCCUCAGAACCAAUACGGCGGCGGCGCUGCUGCUCAAAACCUACAAUUCUACCCGUCCUCCUACUCGCCCGGCAUCCAGAGCCACGGAACACCGUCACAGUCGAGCUAUGGCUACGGAGGUGGGAGCACAAGCUAUGGAGGGUUUGGCGGCGCAUCAGCACCCGGGGUCAGUGGACGUAUGGGGGAGCAAGGAGGACUGAGGACGGGCUGGAUUGCUGCUUUCUCGACAGAGGGUUACGAGAAUGAGCCACCAUUGUUGGAGGAGCUUGGUAUCAACUUUGACCACAUCCAGCGCAAGACUUUUGCCGUCCUCAACCCCUUUGCCCGUAUCGAUCAACAUCUCAUGGACGAUUCCGACCUCGGAGGCCCGAUUCUCUUCUUCAUCAUGUUUGGCUUCUUCCUUCUUUUCAGCGGCAAGGUCCAUUUCGGAUAUAUCUACGGUCUGGCCUUGAUGGGCUGCAUCUUGUUACACUACAUCCUGUCGCUCAUGACCCCCGACGGACCCUCGUCGCCUUCGCCCUCACACGCAGCUCCUCAAUACUCGGGCGGUGGAUAUCCUGGCGAUCCGUCCGGUGCUGAUGGGAAGGGACACCUGAGUAGCACUCUGACUCUCGCCAGGAGUGCUAGCGUGCUGGGCUACUGUCUCCUACCUCUUGUCCUCACAAGUUUGGUUGGAAUUGUCUUUCCCAUGGACACUGUCAUUGGCUAUGUCCUCACGAGUGCCGCCAUUGUGUGGUGCACAACGAGCGCAAGUGGAAUCUUUUGCGCCGUCGGCCGUAUGCGUGGAAUGCGGGGACUGGUCGCAUAUCCAUUGGCUCUCUUCUACGUCGGCUUUGGUAUCAUGAGUAUUUUCAGCAGCAGGGGUUCUGGUCGUCUUGGUAAGGCAGCGGGUGUACCAUAA